AGAUAGCGCUUUUUUCAAUGUAGGUACAUUCGUCCUUUCAUUCUGUUAGUUAGUUUCAUAAUCAUAAUAUAUUAAAAAAUAAAGAAUUUAACGUGUAAUCACGUGAAAAAACAAUUAAAACAUCAUGACGAUAAUAGCAGUUUUGAGUCGGCCUAUCAAUUUGAGCCGACUAUCACAAUUAAAUAUAUGUACUUCCAAGCAAAAUGUACGAUUUUGGGCAUCUCAUGCAAAAUUUGCGGAGCAUAAACCUAUUGAAAAAAUCAGAAAUAUUGGAAUAUCUGCUCACAUCGAUUCUGGCAAAACGACAUUAACGGAACGUAUAUUAUAUUACACUGGACGUAUAGAAGAAAUGCACGAAGUAAAAGGUAAAGAUAAUGUUGGCGCUACGAUGGACAGUAUGGAAUUAGAAAGACAAAGAGGCAUAACUAUUCAAUCUGCAGCAACUUAUACAUUAUGGCAGGAUCAUAAUAUUAAUAUAAUCGAUACACCUGGACACGUAGAUUUUACAGUAGAAGUAGAAAGAGCUUUACGUGUUUUGGAUGGCGCAAUAUUGGUUUUAUGCGCAGUAGGCGGUGUUCAAUCACAAACUCUGACUGUCAAUCGUCAAAUGCAAAGGUACAAUGUACCUUUUUUAGCAUUUAUAAAUAAAUUAGAUAGAAUGGGCGCCAAUCCAAAUAGAGUGUUAGAACAAAUAAGAACAAAACUAAGACAUAAUGCAGCUUUUAUUCAGUUACCUAUUGGUUUAGAAAGUAACUGUAAAGGAAUAGUAGACUUAGUUUCUGAGAAAGCAUUAUAUUUUGAAGGCAAUUACGGAGAAACUGUAAGGGAAGAUGAAAUUCCUAAGAAUAUGAGAGUAGAAGCGGAUAAUAGAAGAUUAGAAUUAAUUGAACAUUUGAGCAAUGUCGAUGAUAUACUUGGUGAUUUAUUCUUAAACGAGGUAAAACCUACAGAGAAAGAUAUAAAGGAUGCAAUAAGAAGAUCCUGCAUAAAAAGAACAUUUACGCCUCUUCUUGUUGGAAGUGCGUUAAAAAAUAAGGGAGUUCAGCCAUUAUUAGAUGCAGUUAUCGAUUAUUUACCAAAUCCAGGCGAAAUUGAAAAUUUGGCUUUUGAUGAAAGCACUGGCGAUGAAAAUAAGAAAAUUGUUUUAAAUCCUAUGCGCUCUGACAAGCAUCCCUUUGUCAGUUUAGCUUUUAAAUUGGAACUUGGAAAAUUUGGACAAUUAACAUAUUUUCGAUGCUACCAAGGAAUGUUGAAAAAGACAGAUACUAUUUAUAAUACUAGAACAAAUAAAAAGGUGCGUGUAGCUAGAUUAAUUCGUCUUCAUGCAAAUCAGUUGGAAGACGUUGAAUCAAUUUACGCUGGAGAUAUCUUUGCAUUGUUUGGGGUAGACUGUGCGUCAGGUGAUUCCUUUGUCACCAAUCCAAAGUUACAAUUAUCUUUGGAAUCAAUUCACGUUCCCGAUGCUGUUGUAUCUAUGUCAAUUCAAGUAAAAAAUAACAAAGAUCGUGAAUAUUUCUCGAAAGGUAUAGCAAGAUUUACAAAGGAAGAUCCAACAUUCCACUUUUACUACGAUACAGAUAAUAAGGAAAAUAUAGUUUCUGGAAUGGGCGAAUUACAUUUAGAAAUCUAUGCGCAAAGAUUAGAACGUGAAUAUAAUUGUCCGGUUAUACUUGGUAAACCUAAAGUUGCAUUUCGUGAAACAUUGCGAGAACCAUAUAACUUUGAUUAUCUUCACAAGAAACAAUCAGGUGGAGCGGGUCAAUAUGGGCGUGUAAUUGGUAUUUUAGAGCCAUUGCCACCCGAACAAAAUACUGAACUUAUAUUCGCGGAUGAAACUGUCGGAAUGAAUAUUUCGAAACAGUAUAUACCUGGUGUCGAAAAAGGUUUCAGAUUUAUGUGUCAGAAAGGAUUUCUCAGCGGACAUAAAUUGGCUGGUUUGAAAUUUAGAUUGAUCGAUGGUAUGCAACAUUGCGUGGACUCUUCGGAUUACGCUUUUAAUCUAGCGGGUCAAGGAGCUAUGAGAGAUGCUUUCGAAUCAGGUUCAUGGUAUAUUUUAGAACCUAUUAUGUCAGUAGAAAUAAUAGCACCCGAAGAAUUUCAGGGUGUCAUAAUAGGACACGUUAAUAAAAAGCGAGGCAUUAUAACAAACACGGACAUCAACGAAGGAUGGUUCAUUAUGAACGCUGAAAUACCUCUUAAUGAUAUGUUUGGAUAUAUAAAAGAAUUGCGAAGUUCAACCGAAGGCAAGGGUGAAUUUACUAUGGAAUAUUCAAGAUACAGUCCAUGUUCAGCGGAAGUACAAGAAAAGCUAAUUAUGGAAUAUCAACAAUCGUUAGAAUUAGGAAUACAGCAAAAACGAAAUUAGUUUGAUAACGAAUUAUUAGGAUCAAAUUAUAAUUACACGUAACAUAUAUAUAUAUAUAUAUAUAUAUAUAUAUAUAUAUAAACACACAUA